AUGACAGCGGAGUUGGAUCGGAAAGGUACCAUCGUGAGCCUCGAAAGCAUCCAAGAUGGCGAAAUCGGCAUUCUCGAUUUGGACGGCGGUGUCACCCCUGAAAUCAACGGGGAUGGAAUGCCGCGCCAGUUCAAUUGGCUUUCAACUCUUGGAAUUUCUUUCUCGAUCACGAACUCCUGGGCAGGAUACUUGAGCAACUUUGGCCAGAUCCUGGCUUAUGGCGGUCCUCGAUUAGUGAUAUUUGGAUCUAUCUGCGCUUUUGUGGUUCAGAUCAUUGUAAUUCUCGGGCUCAGUGAGCUGGCAUCGGCCUUUCCGUCCAACCAAGUCGAAGAGAUUCUCAGCGUUCGUGGUCGGAUGUAUGUCUGUCUUAGCAUGGUGGAUAGUGACGUGGGUUGCACCGCCCCAGAUCUGUCGAUCGACGAGGCCCUGAUGAUCAUUGCAGAUCUUCCGGUGUCCAGAUGGUUACGGCCUCCCUUGCGGACGGCCCUCUUUCUAUCUCUUACGGGCAUGGCCCUCAUUAUCACUAUCUCACUUGGUAUGUGCCAGGAAAAACAGCCAGUGUCAUUCCUGCUGCAAAGAGGGUAUGGAACAUCUGGCUGGAACGAAGGUACUGCGUGGAUGCUGGGCAUAAUGAAUACGAUGUAUUCUAUGACAGGAAUUGAUGCUGCUAUCCACAUUAGCGAAGAGCUCCCUCAACCAGAGAAGCGUGUCCCUCAGGCCAUGACCAUGAGUGUUAUUCUGAGUCUCGCUACCUGUCUUCCAUUGUCGGUUGCACUGAUGUUUUGCAUGUCCGAUAUGGAAGCGGUUAUCAAUUCGGAACUGCCAAGCUUGGAAGUGAUGUAUCAGGCCACAAAGAGUAAAGGCGUUACUACCUUCCUCUCAGUGUGGCUCUUGGUUGUCUAUGCUGCCUCAAUCCCGUCUCAAUGGGUGACGUGCGGCAGAGUAGCAUGGGCUUUAGCUCGCGAUAUUAACUCCCCGUCAGCAAGAUACUUUGCUAAAGUCGACGACAAGCUAAAGUUUCCUGUUCGCACCACAGUUGCUAGCUUCGGCUUUGUUGCUAUCUAUAGUCUGUUAUACUUGGUUUCCUCGGGCGCUUUCAACACGAUCACCAAUAGUGCGAUACUCUUCCUCCACAUAACUUACGUGGUGCCUCAGGGCAUACUUUUGAUGAAAGGCAGAGUGGGCGCACUACCACUUCGAUACUUGAAGCUUGGCUGCCUCGGCUAUCUCUGCAAUGCCUUUGUCAUUUUGUGGAUUGUUAUACUUGGAGUGUUUGUCUGCCUGCCUCUUGGGUUACCGGUAGAAGCCGAGUCGAUGAAUUAUACGGCUCCCGUGCUAAUUGGUCUAUUUGGCCUUGUGAUCCUCUUGUGGUAUGGACUAGGAAGGGUAGCAUUCCAGGGACCCCAGAUUGACAGGGACAUGAUGCAGGAGUCUCACAAUUUUCUUAUCAAGAACCAAGGAUCAUUUCCAGCCAUGGAUGCCCACCUUGAUCUCACCCUCCCUUCGACCUGCCCGGAACUUCAGCAAGGCAGCGAUUCCAACUGGGAUGAUGCCUCCUUUGCUCUUUAUUCCAUGAUUGAAUUGUCUUCCGAAGAGCUGGAUAAGCUGAUCACCGCCCUGAACCGGGACUGGAAGCGGGAGAUGACCGACGAAGCGAUGCCUCUUGUUCGCACCCCUACCGUGUACGACUCCAGUGGGAAAAGCCUCCGAGACGUCGUCCAGGCUCACGUUGAUCUGGACAAGGAAUUCACUCCUCGUGAUGAUGGCGGUGCUGAAGGCGACAUUCAUUGGUACCCCACAGCUUUUGUUGUUGUCACCACUCGCGAGUGGGAAGAGAAAGGACUCUUGUUGGUGUAUGUGGAUGUCGAGGAGAAAGAAUGCCCCAUGGACAAAUUCUUCUUUCACAUCGACAACGCUAAUAUUAUGUUGUCAAGCUUGAAUUUCGGUGAUGAGAGCCCCUCUUCCAGCAGAUUCAACUGGGAAAUGGGGCAUGGAGUGAACGCUGCAUGA